AUGGAUAAGCAGCGAAAAUUGUUGCUUGUGGAAGAUUUUGUAGAAUAUCAUCUUUUCCUGGUACCUGAUGAACACAGUGAUGCUGAGAAGCACAAACACAUUCUGCUGCAAUACAUAGAGCAGAUAUUAGCCAAGCUUGCCCCUCUACUGGCUAACUACAUCUGGCAAAACCAACCAUUUAACCUCCGGUUAAAAUCCAAGAAAGGUGACUUUCCUGCUCAUAUUGGAGGAAAAACACAUUUUGGUGACAACAUUGAGGACGAGUGGUUUAUUGUUUAUCUAAUCAAGCAAAUUACAAAAGAGUUUCCAGAACUCACAGCCAGGGUUGAAGACAACGACGGAGAAUUUCUGUUGAUUGAAGCAGCUGAUAUCCUGCCCAAGUGGCUGAAGCCAGAAAAUAGCUGCAAUCGGGUGUUCUUUUACCAUGGAAAUUUAUGUAUCAUCCCAUUGCAGCAGGAUGAGGGAGACCUGCCUGAGCCGUCAUCCAAUAUGACUGUAUUGCAAGCUCUGAAACUUCUUUCUGCACACCCCAAUGGAUUCUUGGCAUCAGAGUCCAUCACAAAGGCUAUUGAAAGGCGAAUUAAAGGGUACCCUGAAAAAAUGAAGGAAUCGCUCCAUCGAGCUCAUUGCUUUGUGCCAGCUGGGAUUGCAGCGGUAUUAAAGGAGCGGCCACAGCUGUUAGCAGCAGCAGUUCAGGCAUUUUAUCUCCGGGAUCCUUUAGAUUUGAAAGCCUGCAGGACCUUUCGUCAUUUCCUUCCUGAGACAGGUGUCUUCACAUCGGUGACAUUUACAAAGUGUUUGUAUGCUCAGCUCGCCCAGCAGAGGUUCCAGCCUGACAAACGUAGUGGAUAUAACCUUCCUGUCCUUUUACAUCCUAAGUAUAAAGCAUAUGAACUUGGAAUGAAGCUGGCACACGGCUUCGAGAUUCUGUGUUCGAAAUGUGCUGCAUCACCUACAGAGGUGACAAAACAGCCCAAUAAGAGCCCACUGUGGGCCGGAUUCCUGAAUUCCUUGAAAAAGAAUGAUUUCUUCAAGGGAGAAAUGGAGGGAUCUGCACAAUACUGUGAACUUCUGAAGAAAGCAGAGAUUUAUUUCCAGAAGUCAUUAUUUAAACCUAACAGUUCAGUAGUUAUUAGCACCGGUGAAGAAGUUCUGAGCUUGCUUAAUACUCUACCUGUGAACUUGGAAGAGAUGAAGAAAGAGGAAGCUAAUCUUCCACCAAAUGAAGAUGACAGCUGGUUGGACAUUUCCCCAGAAAUGUUGGAACAGAUCUUUCAGGAUGCUGCAGGUUCAAAGGAAACUGUGCUCCCGCCGUCCUCUGACAGUGCCCAGAAUUACAACCUGGCUGAAGUAACAGACAGCAUGAAGGCCUUUAUAUCGAAGGUGUCAUCACAUGAAGGAGCAGAGGUGCCCUGGUUUCCUUCUGAAGCACCAAUCACAUUUGAUGUUGACUCAUUUACAAGUGCCUUGGAAAAAAUCCUUGGUCCAAGUCCAGAAGAACUGGAUUCUGAUGAUCUAGAGUCUGAGGAGGAAUUUGAUCUGCUAGACAGUGAUGAAGAUACAGAUGGCAAUGAAGAAUCGCCCCUGGGUGCAGACACCCUGAAAAGCUUACACUCCUAUAUGGAUGUACUAGACCGAGAAUUGGCACACACCAACAUUGGUAAAAGUUUUUCCAAGAAGAAAAAUGAGCAUGGAGCAUCACAUACUGAGCCCCAAGAAGAGGAUGACAGUAACUCUGAAGAAGAGACAUGCUUGGAAGAGUCAGGUUUGGCUCCUGUAGACGUGGACUUGAAUCUGGUGACUAAUAUACUUGAAUCAUACACUUCCCAGUCUGGACUGGCUGGGCCAGCAUCCAAUUUAUUACAGAGUAUGGGAGUGCACCUGCCUGAUAACACCGACCAUAAGACAUUUGAUAAUGCUUCACAGCACUGACUUUUAGCACAUAGGAAGCUACUUCUUUAGACUCCUUUACAAAUGCUGUGUCUUUCUAAAGCUAUCUGUGCCAACCGCUGCUUCCACCACAUAUAAAGAGGAAUCAUUUUGAUGGACAAUUUUAUAUAU